UUUCACCAGCGUUAUAUUUCAAUACAACAAGCACUUAGCUUUAGAGAUUUAUCUAACGAACAAAAAGAAACUUUCGUAAAAGACAAAAGGUUAACUUACGAAGAUCAAAAGUUCCUCAGUGAAAAGAAAGCGAUACAAUAUCUUCAACUAAUCUCCAGCGCUGUUGUAUGCAUCAUAGUACGUGAUAUAAAGUCGCGAUCGAAGCCGGCUUAUGGCACGGGCUUCCUUGUUCAAGUAGACAACGAAGAUGCUGUAAUUACCAACUCUCAUAGCAUACGGCGAAAAUCGGACAAGGGUAAAGGCAUUAACUUUGUUGAACCAGGCAAUGUUCGAGUAACUUCUUUUUACAAUGGAAUGCCUGGCAAUGUACAAGUUACUCACGAAGUGCAUAGGAUCGAAAAACUAUCGCGUCCAGACAAGAAUAAAGAGAAAAACGUUUUACGAGAUGCUAUGAAUAAAGCGUUAGAUGGAGAUGGCACGAAAGAUUCGCCAAAUAUUCAAGCAUGUAAGGCAGCUGUAACAUUACUAGAUUCAUACGUUGGAAACAGGGAUGCUUUCUUGGAUUAUGCUUUUUUGUAUUUAAAGCCGCUGGAAAAUGAAGAGAAGAAAGCUAAGUUUGCAAACGUGAAGCCACUAGAGACGAGAGCCUUUGAAAUUCUAGAACACUUUCGAAAUGUUUCUUCAUUUGGGUUCUCUGAUCCACGGAGCUCAAAAUAUCCGCGUUCGCUUAGACUAUUCAGCAUCUCUCAUCCUCAUUGCAAAAGUCAGCAAUUGUCAUUUGGAGGACUGGAAUCUGAUCUCGCUCACGUUUACUUUCUAAACAUGUCUCAUGGUCAGAAUGACAAAGGAAUGCUUGGAGGUAAAGACCCAUUCGUCGAACACUCGAUUGCUACUUGCCCUGGAUCCUCUGGCGCUCCCAUUUUCCUUUACAUGUACAACCAUGAAACUGGUGAACUAGUUAUCGAUGAGGCUGUUUACUUUCUGCAUUUUUAUGGGAACGAAAACGGCAAGCUUCACGGAAAGGCUGUGUCAUUUUCUACUAUUAUACCCUUCCAAGCUCUUCAUGAAGAACUAGAGUCCGCCCUAGCUGAA